GUUGGCAAUCAGUACCUUCCUCCUGCCGGUGGUGGCCACGCAGGUGGAAGCGGGGUCGGUGGCUCACCCUCGAACACUUACGGAACUCCUAGUUCUUUCGGAGGUUCAGGCGGAUCACCCUCUAACACUUACGGAGCCCCGGGAGGCGGCUUCGGCAAUAGUGGAGGAGGUGGCACCCCAUCGAGUACAUACGGAGCUCCAGGAGGCUCUAGGAAUGGUUUUGGAGGUGGUCAAAGUGGCUUUGGUCAAGGGAGCGGUGGUGCCGCCCCUUCUAGUACGUAUGGGGCACCUGGUGGUAGCAAUGGAGGAGGCCGCUCUGGAUUUGCUGGUAAGAGAGGUGGGUCUCCUUCUAGCACUUAUGGAACUCCAGUUGGAUCUCAAAGCGGAAUCGGGCGUAAUGGUGGCGAAAGAACUCCUUCUACUACUUAUGGUGCUCCUGGCGGUGCACAGAAUGGUUUUGGUGGUGCAUCUCUAGCAGGCGGAGUCGGAGGUGGAUCUCAAAUUGGACUCGGACGUAUUGGAGGAGGCUCAGCACCUUCCAGCACUUAUGGCGCUCCAGGUGGAAGUCAAAAUGGCUUCGGAGGUGGAACUCACGGAAGUGGUGCUCCGUCCAGCACUUAUGGCGCUCCAGGUGGAAGUCAAAAUGGCUUCGGAGGUGGAACUCACGGAAGUGGUGCUCCGUCCAGUACUUAUGGAGCUCCAGGUGGAUCUCAAAAUGGAUUCGGACGUAAUGGAGGCAGCAGAGCACCUUCUGGCACUUACGGCGCUCCUGGCGGCGGACAGAGUGGUUUCGGUGGAUCUCCUUCAAGCACUUACGGGGCUCCUGGUGGCGGACAAAGAGGUUUAGGUGGAGCUCUUGGCGGAGGUCAGAGUGGUUUCGGUGGAUCUCCUUCAAGCACUUAUGGUACUCCUGGUGGUGGACAAAGUGGUUUUGGACAGAACGCUGGGAGAGCACCUUCCAGCACCUAUGGAGCGCCUGGUGGCAGUCAAAAUGGUAUCCACGGUGGGAGUUCAGCACCUUCUGGUACUUAUGGUGCACCAAAUGGCGAAAGCGGUGGUUUCGGGAUCGGAUCAGGAACGGGUUCCAGCGGAGCUUUCUCUGGAGCUGGAUCCGGUUCGAGCAGUGGAUAUGGAAGUGGCACGGGCGAUGAUGGAUCUUCUGAACCAGCCCGUUAUGAAUUCAGCUAUGAUGUUAAUGACGCGGAAACCGGAACAGAGUUCGGUCACCAGGAGACUCGAGACGGAGAUAGCGCUCAAGGUACUUACAACGUUCUCCUUCCUGAUGGUCGUAAACAGAUCGUGGAGUACGAAGCAAACCAAGAAGGCUACAAACCAGAAAUCAGAUACGAAGGUGGCGCUGAUGGAGCUGGAGGCAGCGGAUACUCUUCAGGAGGAGCAGGUGGUGCUGGAGGAUAUCCAUCAGGUGGAGCCGGUGGUGCUAGAGGAUAUCCAUCGGGUGGAGACGGUGGUGCUGGAGGAUAUCCAUCAGGUGGAGCCGGUGGUGCUGGAGGAUAUCCAUCAGGUGGAGCCGGUGGUGCUGGAGGAUAUCCAUCGGGUGGAGCCGGUGGUGCUGGAGGAUAUCCAUCGGGUGGAGCCGGUGGUUUUGGAGGAGGUUCAGGAGUUUCUGGAGGAGCUGGCAAUGGAUAUCCUUCAGGAGGACCUGGUGGUGCCGGAAGUGGCUACCCGUCAGGAGGCCCUGGUGGAGUCGGAGGUGGGCACCGUUCCGGAGGACAAGGUGGAGCAGGUAGCGGAUAUCCCAGUGGUGGAGGCGGAUCAGGUCACCCGGGAUACUAAAACGUUCGUUCAAUUACGGAUCAGUAUCUCUUAAGUUUGAAACAAAGUUCCUUAUAUUAUAAGUAAAGGAAGCAACAUUCUUUCCCACCUAGAACACAAAAUAUUAAUGUCUAACAUUUGAAACUUAGGGAAUACGGUCCAUAAUAUAAUUGCGUUGAUUAUAAUAGGCCUGGAAACAGAGGACUACUGACAAAGAUCGUGUGUAUUGUUCCCUUUACCUCCAGAACGAUGAAAUACUUCAGAAUAUUACAUUUCGUGGAAAAGGAGUGAUGCACACGGUCAGUGAAAGAUGUCUUCAGCAAUUGAAUGAACUGAAUUAUGUCUGGGCACAUCAAUGUAUUUCUCUUAGAUUGUUAUUUUGUUGUGAAUCUUAAUAUAAAUAAAAUUAUUUCAUAUUAUUUUGUGUACCAUGUAUACGAAUGCGUUAUUUAUCAUAUAGGGAAUAGGUAGCAAUAUACAAGUAGAGUUACUGUUAACUGUGUACAAAAACAAAUUUUAUUGAUGCUGUUGUACGACUUUAAAUCUUAUACUAUUAUCUCUCAUAAUUUUAUAAAUGUUUGUAUGCAAACCAAUAGUCCAGCCAAACGUACGUUGUGGCUUUUCUUAACCUUAUAAAUAAAGCACAUGUGAUAUUAAAUAUUUUAAA